AUGGGUGGUUCAAGUACUUGUAAUGUACCAUUGGAGGAAAAUUUGGUAUACGAUGUUGAACUUCUUCCUCAUGAUCCGGGAAAAAGAAUAAACAUAAUGGAUUACCCCGCAAAUGAACGAAAUGCAGUUAGGAGGGGUUAUAUUCUUAAAAAACCUUGCCAACCAAAAACUCAUGACUUUCCUCAAAGACAAGUGUCUGGUUUACGUCGCUUUAGUGUUCAUUGGUUCAAGAAAUGGGAUUGGCUUGAGUAUAGUAUUGAAAAAGAUGCUGCAUUUUGUUUUGUAUGUUACUUGUUCAAGAAUGAAGUUGAUAGUUAUUCGGGGGGUGAUGCAUUUGUUGAUGGAGGUUUAGGGCAUGGAAUAAACCGGAAAGAUUUGAGAAGCAUGUUGGUGGAAUUAACAGUGCUCAUAAUCUUGCUUAUGAGAAAUAUGUUUCUUUUGGGGCAAGGUUUGGCAUUUCGUGGACAUGAUGAAAGCGGGGAGUCAUAUAAUAGGGGUAAUUUCCUUGAGCUUUUGAAAUGGUUAGGAGAAAAGGUUGAGGAAGUAAGACAACAUACUCUUGAAAAAGCACCUAAAAAUUGUCAAAUGAUUUCCCCUUCUAUUCAAAAGGACAUUAUUAAUUGUUGUGCCAAAGAAACAACUAGGUGCAUAAUAGAAGAAGUUGGUGAUGAUUACUUUGCCAUAUUAGCCGAUGAGUCAAGUGAUGUGUCCCAAAAAGAACAACUAGCUCUUGUUUUGCGCUUUGUUAAUAGAGAUAGUGGAAAGGUAAUGGAGCGAUUUUUAGGCAUUGUUCAUGUUGGUAAUACUACCGCUUUAACUCUUAAAGAUGCAAUCAUGUCUUUACUUGUUGAACAUUCAUUGAGUCCAUCUAUGAUAAGGGGGCAAGGGUACGAUGGAGCUAGCAACAUGAAAGGUGAAAUAAAUGGUCUUAAGACUUUGAUUAUGAAUGAUACUCCAAGUGCCUACUACGUACAUUGUUUUGCUCAUCAACUUCAAUUAACACUAGUUGCCGUUGCUAAAAAGAAUGAUAGUUGUGGUUGGCUUUUUGAGAUACUUGCAAAUUUAUUGAAUGUGGUUGGAGUUUCUUGCAAGAGAAGAGAAAUGAUUCGACAAGAUCAAGCUGAAGAAGUUGCUCGAGCAUUGGAUGUAGGGGAUAUUGUGAGUGGAUCGGGUUUAAAUCAAGAACUUGGUUUGAAAAGGCCCGGGGAUACUCGUUGGAGUUCUUAUUACAAGUCUAUUUCAAACAUCAUCCUCUUAUUUCCUACAAUUGUUAAGGUACUUGUACACAUUGGGAAGCAUGGUGUAUCGGAAGAUAAGUUCAAAGCUCAAAUUGUUUUAGGACAGUUAGAGUCAUUUGACUUUGUUUUUAUUGCUCACUUGAUGUUGACUAUUUUUGGUUACACUAAUGAUUUGUGUGUUGCUUUGCAAAGAAAGGAGCAAGAUAUUGUAAAUGCCAUGGAACUUGUCACUUACACAAAAUUGGUGUUGCAAAAAAUGAGGGAGCAAGGAUGGGAUAGUCUCUUAAACAAGAUAACAAAGAUAACUUCAAGACGUUUUGUUGAAGAAGCAACAAAUGAACAUCAUUUUCGGGUUGGAAUUUUUGUAAGAGUGAUUGAUUUGCAUCUUCAAGAACUUGAUGAUCGAUUUAAUGAGAGGAAUAUGGAGAUACUAAUAUGUAUGGCUUGUUUAAGUCCUAAAGAUAACUUCUCAUCCUUUGAUAAAGAUAAGGUACUUAAACUUGCCUCUUUUUAUCCCGAAGAAUUUUCAAGCUUUGAUUUGAUGGCUCUUGAAUGUCAACUUGAUAUAUUCAUGGAGAAUAUGCUAAAUGAUGAUAGAUUUCAAGGUUUAAAUGACCUUAACUCUCUUUCUAUGAUGCUUGUUAAAACUAAUAAGCAUAAGACUUUUCCUCUUAUUCAUUUGCUUAUCAAGUUGAUGUUGAUUCUUCCGGUUGCCACGACAAGUGUUGAAAGAGUCUUUUCCGCAAUGACAUGUGUCAAAAAUAAGUUGCGAAAUAGCAUGGGUGAUCAACUUAUGAAUGAUUGUUUGGUCACUUUUAUUGAGAAGGAUGUCUUCCUAAGAGUUUCCGAUGAAAAAAUUGUUGAUCGCUUCCAAAAUAUGAAGACUCGAAGGAUGAAAGUGUAA